AUGCACACCGAAUUGGAGACCAUGGUCUAUAGCAAAGCAUCCUCUGCAGCUUCUACAACCACUGCUACCACUGCUGCUGCUACCGCCACGACAACCAAUGCUGCGGCUUCCAUUGCCAUUUCUUCCCUUCCCAAGUCAACUAGCACCACCAUGUCCGAACAAGAGGUGACUAUCCACAACUUGAGCAUUGAGCAGGUCAUCAAGGAUAAGCUCGCAUUGAUGGUACAAGAAAAGAUGGAUCCGGAUCAAGGCAGCGCGUUCUUUGUUGGUGAUUUGGGCGAGGUGUAUCGUCAGCAUUUACGUUGGAAGGCCCAUCUUCCUAGGAUUGAACCUUUCUUUGCCGUCAAGUCCAAUCCUGAUCCUAUGGUGGUGAGAUUGCUUGCAAGCCUGGGUCUUGGUUUUGAUUGUGCCAGCAAGUCAGAAAUCCAGCAAGUCUUGAAUGGGGGUGUGGAUCCAUCUCGUAUCAUCUACGCCAAUCCAUGUAAGCAAGCCUCGUUUAUUCGUUACGCUUCACAACAAUCGGUGGCAAAGAUGACGUUUGAUAAUGCCGAGGAACUCUACAAGAUCAAAAAGUUGUAUCCCAAAGCCGAGCUUGUAUUGCGCAUUCUUACCGAUGAUAGCAAGUCAUUGUGUCAACUUGGAUUGAAGUUCGGCGCGCCUAUGCAGACAGUGGAGCCAUUACUCAAAACAGCCAAAGAAUUGGGAUUGAAUGUCAUUGGUGUAAGUUUCCAUGUCGGCAGUGGAUGUUUGGAUGAACACGCCUUUGAAGAUGCUGUGGUGCGUGCACGUGAAGCUUUCGAUAUUGGACACGCUCUGGGAUUUGAGUUUUCCUUGUUGGAUGUUGGUGGUGGAUUCCCUGGUGCCGAUGUUCAAGAUGGUAUCACCUUUGAAAAAGUGGCUGCAGUGUUGGGACCAGCUGUCGAUGCCUUAUUUCCUCCCAAUGUACGUGUGAUUGCCGAACCAGGUCGCUACUUUGUCGCUUCAGCAUUCACCAUCUGCACUGGAGUCAUUGGAAGAAGAACCGUGGAGGCUGAUAAUGCCAACAAGUAUAUGUAUUACGUCAAUGAUGGCAUGUACGGCUCUUUCAAUUGCAUUCUCUUUGAUCAUCAACAAGUCUAUCCAAAGAUUCUUUCCCGUGAUGGUCAAUUCUACUAUGGAGAUACAACCGAUGACAACAACCAAUUCGAAUGCAGCGUUUGGGGACCCACCUGCGACUCGAUCGAUUGUCUCGCCAAAGAAACACGUCUACCUUUGUUGGAUGUUGGUGAUUGGCUCUAUUGGGAAAACAUGGGCGCUUACACAAUUUGUGCCGCCUCGCAAUUCAAUGGAUUUAGAAAAUCGGAGGUCCUGUAUGUUAAUACCUUCCAUUAG